UACGCCGUGAACGGAGCGCCAAGCGGCAGUCCGUCAGUUUACUACCGUCGCAAAUCGACGCCGCAUGUCGUUUCUCGUGUUAUUGUGGCCGUGUGUAUGGUGCUAGUGGAAUAACAUAACAGCAAAUUGUUUUGUGCUGUGUUAUUGUAGUGGUAGUGUUACACUGUUGGUGCGACAGGUCCAGUUCACAUUUGUUGUGAUGCAUUUGAGGAUAUACCUAUGGCUGUCUUGUGUAGUCCUCGCAGGAUACGUUCGAGCGACAGAGGACGCCGUAACCGGCGACGCCUCGACUAUACACGUGACAAUAACACCGGCGCUUAACGACGGGCCUCUCGCGUCGGACCGGGACGUAUUUAUCGACGAUGACGUCGGCUCUGGCUUAGAGAUCGACGGGAGCUCCGGCUCCGGCUGGGGGCCCGGUGUCGACGACGAAGACGCACGCGGCUCAGGUGACGACCUGCCCGAGGACGACGAAGACUACAUCCAGAGAACCAAAACCACUACCACCACACUACCAACCCCGGCCUUGGAUCCUGAUGAUUAUCACGAGUACCCCGAUUCCUCCUCCUCCUCCCCCUCCUCUAUAUCCCCGGAGUACAUCUCUGUCAGUCCACGCAUAAUAACUGGUAAAGAACCGACCGAUUCGGAGGAGGGUGGCGAGAGGGCCGAGGUCCCCUCUCGCCCAGACUCUGGUCAGGACAUCAGCAUCGCAGGCGAGGAAGUCAACACAGGAAUCGAUCAAGAGAUUGACCACGUGGGCGCGGAGUCAAACCCUGACCACAACGUCGUGUUCAUCAUGAACGCCAAGCCGGAAGACCGAGCUACCAGCUUCUUCGCACAACCUGGAAUACUGGCCGCUGUAAUUGGCGGAGCAGUAGUCGGACUACUAUGCGCGAUCCUGGUAGUAAUGUUUAUAGUAUACCGCAUGCGCAAGAAGGACGAGGGCUCGUAUGCUCUCGAUGAGCCGAAGAGAAGCCCCGCAGCGGCCUCCUACGGAAAGGGCCACAAUAACCGCGAGUUUUACGCGUGAGACGACUCAGAACAAAAUAUGCCACGUGUUUACUAAUCGGCUGACCGGUAAAGAAUGGCCGCCUCACGGCACAUUCAACGGUCACCCGUUUCAUUAUUUUAAAUUUUGACAAAAGCAUUCCGUUCUACGCAACAAGCGUGCAAUUAAUUUUUUAAAUAUUUUUUUUACAAACGUGGCUAACAUUGUUCUGCAGUUGUCUCAAACACAAACACGCGAUUUAAUUUAUUGUUUUUUUUUUUAAUAACGCGUACUGAUUGUACUAUAGAUUGUACAAACCAAGUACCAAAAGUUAUUUAUCGUAAACAUUCUUUUGAUACCAAGAUAUCAAGUGAUUACACAGAUGUUUGAAACAAUCAAAUUAUCAUAUUGUAAGACCAAAAUGCAUAUGUGUGAAGCGAUGAUUGUAACAUGAAUUGUUAUGGGCUUUUGUUUGAUGAUGUUCAAUGUGUAUCAGACGACCUGGAAUUUCUUCACUUCGAGACCAAUGUGGUUGCGUGUUGUUGAACUAUCAUGUAUUGUAGUGGAUGCUGAUAAAGAGGACUGGUAAUAAUUCACAAACUAUUAUUACUUUUUACUCUCCAUCUCACCUGUCGAGGUCGACGAUGGAGUGUGCAGCCAUAAAUAAUGCCUAAUUCACUCUCGCCUUGAAAAGGCUCAAAUUAUAUACUUCAGGAAACAACUCUGCCAAUCUCCUUGCGAAUCUUUGGAAUAUCCACAACAUAGGGUUAGGAACCCAGCCUACGUUUAGCCCCCGAUGAUCAAAACUGAAAAGUGGACAUAAAACCUGCAAUUCGCACACUCUCCGAGCUACAUCCUGUAGAAUACCGAUAUGCACAUUUACUACAUUUUAUGGUAAAUUGUGCAACUAAUUUUACGAAUAGUUUGUAAUUUAUUACCCAAAAGGUCCGUUGUAAUAAUACUAUGUGCUCUGUAUAAAAUAAAUGUGCCAUCCGCUUUUUCAACUGUAUAUUUCUUAUUACGAUAGCUGCUCUCUCCAAGCAUGCCUACGCUUAGAAUUUAAAAAAAAACUCUCGAAUAGUCUAUGGUCCAUAUCUAUUGUUUCUGCAAUAUGUAAUGUAACAUAAUGUGUGUAUUUAGACCAUCUUCCUAAGAUUUCGUAGAAUUUAUAUGACAUAGAUGUAUAUUUAGAUAUUUUACAGUUUUGCUUCCACAAAAUUCGGCAUCGAAACUUUUUACUAACAUUUGUGUUCGAGGUAAUAUUUAUUCUUAUAAUUAUAUAAUCCACAUUACAAGCUAUAAUAUUUAUUCAAUGUUGCGUUUCUUUACCAUUACUUCUGGAACUCGAUAUUUACUUUGUGAUUAUUAUAGCUCGUUCUAUCAUACUUUUAUUUUUAUUUUAUAUUAAUCUUAAUAAAUUGGGGCUUCUUAUUAAAUUUAUAUUUUGUAGAAUAUACUUUUAGUGAUUAAUUUUCAGGCAAUUAAUUGUUGUCUUAUUGGGCUAUGAAUAGAAAUCAAUUUUUUUUCCUUAGUUUUUAACAUUUAUUUUAUUAUUUACGUUCAUCUCGUCAUUUAGGUUACUUCAAUUGUUAUUUUGGCUACUUAGUUGUAUAAUUCCACUGGUAAUUAUGAAUUUCAAUAUCCUUUUCAAUGGUUUAUUUUUAUUACCAGUUAACUUACACAAUUAUAACACCCCUCAAAAUAGGUUGUGCAACGAAAACGACUUUGUUUUUUUCAUCGUAAUUGCUUUUUUUCUAUUUGUGCCAUCUGCAUACUUUAAUUUCAUUAUUGAAUUUACGUGCAUCGUUUAUUUGACUUAUCUAUCUCAUUGGUCUUUGACAAUCGCAUUGAGUCAAUUAAUUUAAUUAAUUUAAAAAUGUCUAAAUUAUUGUAAUUUAUUGACAGAUUAAAAUAAAUGUAACAUUGUUUUGCAUAUCUCGUAAAAUUUUGAAAUACAUAUUUAUUUAGGUGUUACGUGUAACCAAAUUAUAUGUAUAAAAAUACAUAGAUAUAUAUCGAAAUUUGGAAGUCAAAAAGGGCACGUAUUGGACAUUUCAUUAGAAUAAUGUAGUUGUUGAAUAUCGAAAUAUAGAAAUUUCUAGACGAAUUUGGAUAGUUAAUAAACUGAGCGUAAAAUAUAAAGAAAAUGGCAGAACACAACUACCAUGUUUUUUUUAUCUAUACUUUCCAUUUUUUAUAGCAAAAUAAUUAAGUAUUAAAUUAUAGCAUCAAAAAACCAAACCCUCCUAAUGAUAAGAAAUCAUUAAAGAAUUAAGUUUAUUUGCUACUAGUUAUACAUUAACUUGGCAUUGUUCAUUUGAAGGCAAUUAUGGAAUUAAGCUGCUAUACACAGAAGGAUACAUACUUGUAUUCUACAUAUUGCUCUUGAAUAUAGAGGGCAUGCUAAGUGAUUGACGA